CUUUAUCGCUGGGUGUAGCUGGUGUUUAUCAGUGGGCGUGGUCUGUGCGUGUCCGUUGUCCCUCCUCGUCUUUAACAAGGCGCGAGCGACGCCGGUCCUCAGCAACAGCAGCGGCAGCAGCAGCAGCAGGAGCGCGUGCAGCAGUGCGGGCAGUGCGGGCAGGAUGGCAGCCAACACGUACGAUGUGAUCGUGAUCGGGGGAGGAAUCUCAGGUCUGAGUGCAGCCAAGCUGUUGGUGGAGAGUGGUUUAAACCCUGUACUGCUGGAGGCCAGAGACCGAGUCGGUGGAAGAACCUUCACAGUUCAGAAUAAACAGACCAAAUGGGUGGACCUGGGCGGAGCUUAUAUCGGACCCACUCAAAACCGAAUCCUGAGGUUGGCCAAGCAGUACGGAGUUCAGACCUACAAGGUGAAUGAAGAGGAGUCGCUGGUUCACUAUGUGAAGGGGAAAUCAUAUCCAUUCAAGGGGCCUUUCCCACCGAUGUGGAACCCUCUAGCUCUGAUGGACUACAACAACCUCUGGAGGACUAUGGACAAGAUGGGCAUGGAGAUCCCUAAAGAAGCUCCAUGGAGAGCCCCACAUGCUGAGGAGUGGGACAAGAUGACCAUGCAUGAGUUCUUUGACAAGGUUUGCUGGACCAGCGCUGCCCGUCGCUUUGCCACGCUGUUCGUUAACGUGAACGUGACCUCAGAGCCUCAUGAAGUGUCAGCUCUCUGGUUCCUCUGGUAUGUCAAGCAGUGUGGAGGAACCAUGAGGAUCUUCUCCACCACUAAUGGUGGCCAGGAGCGUAAGUUUGUUGGAGGCUCGAGUCAGAUCAGCGAGUGCAUGGCCAGAGAGCUGGGAGACCGGGUGAAGCUGCAGAGUGCUGUCUACAGUAUUGACCAGACCGGAGAUAUGGUAGUGGUCAAAACUGUAAAUGACGAGAUCUACAAGGCCAAAUAUGUGAUCCUCGCCAUACCACCAGGACUGAACCUGAAGAUUCACUUUAACCCUGAACUUCCUCCACUUAGAAAUCAACUGAUCCACAGAGUACCCAUGGGCUCGGUCAUUAAGUGCAUGGUCUACUACCGGGAGAACUUCUGGAGGAAGAAGGGCUAUUGUGGAAGCAUGGUGAUUGAGGAAGAGGAUGCACCUAUUGGUCUGACUCUGGAUGACACUAAGCCUGAUGGCUCUGUUCCUGCAAUUAUGGGUUUCAUCCUCGCACGCAAAAGCAGAAAGCUAGCUGGACUUACCAGGGAGGAAAGAAAGAAGAGGAUCUGUGAGAUCUAUGCACGGGUCCUAGGCUCAGAAGAAGCUUUGCAUCCGGUGCACUAUGAAGAGAAGAACUGGUGUGAAGAGGAAUACUCAGGAGGCUGCUACACAAUGUACUUCCCCCCUGGCAUUCUCACACAGUAUGGAAAAGUGCUGAGGGAGCCUGUGGGCAGGCUGUACUUUGCUGGUACCGAGACCGCCACAGAGUGGAGCGGCUACAUGGAGGGAGCUGUGCAGGCUGGAGAGAGAGCAACCAGAGAGAUUUUGUGUGCAAUGGGGAAACUCCAUUCAAGUCAAAUCUGGCAACCAGAACCUGAAUCUAUGGAUGUCCCUGCUUUUCCUUUUGAGACCACGUUCUGGGAAAGAAACUUGCCCUCUGUGGGAGGAUUCUUUAAGUUUGUGGGCGUGUCCUCUUUCCUGACAGUUGCGACAGUAGUUGGUGUCGUGGCCUAUAAGAAGGGACUCCUCCCUCGAUGCUAGACCUCCUCUGCCUGUGUAGCUUCUGUCACUGGCCUUGGUUAAGCCUGCUACUCCUGUCAGUCACCUUUCCAAGGUUGUGGUACAGACUGGGCGCGAGCUCAAGUCACUGAGACGAGAUCUGAAACUCUGAAUCAUGUUCUUAUCACUCAAUCACGUCUUAAUGAAAAGUUUAAUUCUCCCAGCGAUGAUUCAGUAGAUUGUGAAGUAUUAAAAUCCUUACCCAUGGAGAGUGUAGCCCCUAGUCGGAGCCAUUAUUAGCGAGAGCUAGUAGAUUAGGAAGUAGUUCCUGUAUGAAUAGUUUGCCCGAUGUUGCAAUGCCACAGUGACCAAUGACAUUCCAUUAUUGUGUGUUGCCAAUAUCAUUUGUACGAUUUGUGUCCCGGAAAAAUCACUACACAUAUUCUCAUGUUGAAUGGAAUACCUCUACUGAUAUUUAGGUGCUGCUGAAGUUAAAUAUAAAGUUCAAUUUCAGAAUUUGAAGAAAAAUACAGAAUUAUCAGAACAUUUUAUAUCACAUUAUAGAUUAUAGAUAAAGUUACUGUAUUUUUCGCACUAAAAGGCAAAAAAGAUUUUAAGAAGCAGUAUGCGAUACUAAUAAGUACUAAUAAAGUAAAGCUAAGCUGAGAAAACUAAAACAUUAUUCUUAAAAAAAUAUUUCCUUUUAAAAUCAAAUGAGCGCUGGAUGUAGUGUGUUCUGGUAAGCUAGGAUCCUAUUAGCUAGCGGUUUGUCCCAUAUAUACUUGUUUUAACACAGUAAACACAGACUACAGUCUGAUAUACUCACCUUUGAACGACAAAAAAACUAGCGCUUAGCGCAGUUAGUGCUAAUGCUAAUUCUGCUCCAGCAGUGCUAGCCAGGGUGAGCAGCAGGCUACAGGCCGAGGUUAAUACUCACAUCUGAACGACAAAAGAGCUAGCGCUCAGCACAAUUAGCAGCUAAUGCUGAUACUGCUCCAGCCUCGGUGCUGGAGAACUAAACUGAAACUCCUGUAUAACUCUUUACUUCAGCAGUAAGUGGAUUUACUGCUUAUUAAUACCUGACUGGUAAAAUUUAAACAUAAGGCACACUAGAUUAAAAAGUGCACUAACAUAUUUUUUGGGGGGAAAAUUAAAGGAUUUUAAGUGAGCCUUAUAGUGUGAAAAAUAUGAUACCUUUUAUUUGUAAAGAUGGCAGCACGCAUCUUUUAUGAUACCAUCCUACAAAAUCUCUUAGAAUAUCUUAUAUCAUAUCUCUUAUACCAUAUUUCUAUCGAUAUCUCUUGCGAUAUCUCUUCCAUUCCGUCCUGCAGUGCAAUGGCGAAGUCAUUCAUGCAUUUUGACAGGUUGACCUCAGUAAUGUGCUGCCCCCUGUGGGCCAGACAUUGCUCAUUGCCUGCUGUGUAAUUUUAGAUGGAUUUAACUCUUGCAGGCAAUUUCCUUUCUUGGAAAAGCUAAAGAAAACCUACAGGACAGAAGUACAGAAAUAGUGAGACCUCUGUAAGCUGCUGUACACAAUGGAUGGUGGCUCCAGUGUCACUGAGAAUCUUAAGAAAUCUUAAGCAAGCGUUUGAAUGUAUUUUUUGUGUUUUUCUUUUUCAGAUUAUGUUUGUUUUUAACCUUAAUCAUGCGUUUAUUUGACAUAUGGAUAUGUCUUGUUUUCUUUGACCUUUUGUUUAUACAACACAGCAUUUCUAAUUGCCAUUUGUUCUUCAAGCACACAGUCAUAUCAGUUAUAGUUGAAAAUAUACAUACAGUAUGUAGAGAGUAUGUAAAUGAUCAUAUUGACAUACAUACAGCUGUCUUUAUUUUUUCCUAAAUCAUUCCUAAAUCCUUUGCAGAACAUUUAAGUUUAUUUCUACCCUUCUAACCAUAAUCACAACAGCACAACAGUGUUCAAGUACACUAACAUUUCCGUUUAUUUUUUUACAGCAAUCUGUGAGAUAAAUUUUGGUUUUACAGUUAAAACUACAGCUUUAGGUUCCAGCCAAAGGCAGGAGGUAGCUGCCUUUUUUAUUAUGACCCAAGAGUCAUCCGAAAUUUCACCAUUUGAUUCUCUUACUGUUGGUGUUUUAUCUGCUUCAUUGAUUACUAAGCUAAGGGAAUUUAUUCAUUUGUUUAAUUUUCUUCACAUGAUGUUUUUUUUUUAUGUGAGCAAAUGAAAACAAAAAAAUGUGACGAAUCCUUAAAAAGUUAAAAAGAAGAUUAGAAAAAUAACACACUGUAUAUGUGUGAGCCCAAUGUGUGUGGAAUGUGUUGUUGUUCCAAAGAUGCGUUGUCUGUGUGUUGGGUGUGGUGCCUUAAAUAUGUUUAGUAGUGUUCCUCAUUUCUCAAGUGCCUCUGAGGUUGUCCUGUCCAGCACACUGCUCUUGGAUGAGUCUCUGCCUACUUUAGUGAGUGCACUGCUAUACACAGCUAUAUACAUAUACAAAAUGCUAUAAGCUAUAAAUGCUAUAAGCUAUAGCAACUAGUGUCUGUUUUGAUGGAAGGACUAAAAUAUAUGUGCUAUAAUGUUAUUUUAAGAUGCUUUAUUCUAAAUAUAUCAAGCAAAAUAGUUAGAAAAUGAUCACUAGUAUACUGUUAUGGUCCAGUAAUUUCUUAAAAUGCCAUCUGUCUGAAAAAUGACAUCACUAUAUAGAACUUUUAUUUUCAAGGUUAUACAAGUUUUUCAGUAAUCAGAAAUAGUAAAAUCAUGUGUAGGUCUGAUUCUAACAACUUUUGUAGAGAACAAGCAAUGUAUUAGAAUCUAAACACUGUCUUUUUAUCACAUCUGAAUAAUAAUAAUAAUAAUAAUAAUAAUAAUAAUAAUAAUGAAGUUUACUAUUUUCUCAUUAUGAGCCAAAAGCAUGUCUCUCACAGCUAAAGUAGCCUCUGACACACCAGAGAGGAUGGAUCAGAACCAGAGGGUAAGACAAGCCUGACUGCUGACUGUACCGUUCUGUCAGAAAGCUGACCAACAGUUACCUGUAAAAACUACCUUUUUAUAGUAUGUUUCUGUUGUGUUUUAUAAAAGCUGGUGGACUGUGAACUUAGUAACACUGCAGUGACCCUGUCAGUGCCAUCCUAAUGUCCUAACAUCCUGCUUGAUGUCUCUCCUUGGCCUGAUGAGUCGUGUGAGUGUGUGUCUGUGUGUGUGUAUGUGUGUGUAUGUCUGAGUGUGUGUGUAUGUAUGUGUGUGUAUGUGUGCGCUGCUAUGAUGCUGAUAUUAGUGCUCACCCCCUAGUGCAGCCCCUGUGCUCUCCAUCCUGAUCUUAGUUUAUCCUGUCUCCUCUUUCCACCGGUAGUGCAGUAGCUACUGCUAGGCCCUGCUCCUCUGUCCUGUUCUGUGUGUGUGUGUGUCUGUGUGCAGUGUCCAGUGUUCUUGUAGUUGCGUUACUUGAUCCCUUUGUACAAACACAACAACACAGCCAGAAAUAAAAAUGUGAAAUUUA